AGUAGCCGAGCGGUGCAGCACUGCUGUAGUGUUUCUACAGAGACGCAGUAAUUCAGUGUUUCAGUCUUUUAGAGAUUAGACAUGUCUCUGAGUGUUUAUGAGGAUCUGAUCUACUUUGAGGAGCUGAACAGAGCAGAUCGAGACGAGAUAACGGUGGUUAUAUAUGAGAGUUCAGACGCUGUUAGAGGCCUCGACCCCGACACUGAGGUGGAGGACGCCAACAUGAGGAGGAAAGUUGCCCUCCACCACACCCAAGCAGACAUAAAGGGAAGCAGACGCUACAGACUGGCUGCAGUGGGUCUGGGUCUGCUGUGUGUUCUCCUGCUGACUGCCAUCACAGUGCUGUGGAUCCAGUUAAACCACCUGACUGCAGAGAGAGACCAGUUACAGACCAGUUACAGCAACCUGGCUGCAGAGAGACACCAGUUACAGACCAGUUACACCAACCUGACUGCAGAGAGACACCAGUUACAGACCAGUUACACCAACCUGACUGCAGAGAGAGACCAGUUACAGACCAGUUACACCAACCUGACUGCAGAGAGAGACCAGUUACAGACCAGUUACACCAACCUGACUGCAGAGAGAGACCAGUUACAGGCAGAGAGAGACGGGCUCCAGAGAAGGCUUUCUGAACUGGGGUGGGUCUACUUCAACUCCAGUCUUUACUACGUCUCUAAUGAGAAGAAGAACUGGACUGAGAGCAGAGACGACUGCAGAGAGAGAGGAUCAGACCUGGUGAUCAUCAACAGCAGAGAAGAACAAGACUUCAUUAACACAUUGAGAAAAGGUCAGCGGGUUUGGACUGGUCUGAGUGACGGUGAAACAGAGGGGGUCUGGAAAUGGGUGGACGGAUCAGAACUGAUCACUGGGUUCUGGUACCCUGGAGAACCCAACAGUUAUGGAGAUGAGGACUGUGGUUUAUACGGCUAUGGGUCUGAUCCUGUGAAGAACUGGGCUGAUUAUCCCUGUAAUAACCAUUUUUUUUGGAUCUGUGAAAAGAGAAUAUAA